UAUGUCGUCUGCAUGUGAUGUGUUUGGUUUAAAAGUAACAUUAAUUAAUUGCACUGUAGCCAAUGUUAUGAAUGAUGUUAAACAGGCAGCGCGAAGAUAAAUAAAGACAAAUACUCAACUUUGAAGGCAUUUAAAGUAUUAUUUACUAAUAUAGAUAAUUUAUGAAUAAUUGUAACGGUGAAUUAGGUAAUAGAUUAAUUUCGCCAAUCUGAAGGUUAUCAGAAUGGAUCAUUCAGACCAUUCUCAGUUUGAAAUCAUAAAUGAGCUGAAGGCAAUACUGUCAAAUUGUGAUGAACUGACAAGCAUUCUACCAAAUCUAAUUGAGUGUUUUGUGAAUGAAGAAAAUGCAGAAGUGUUAACGGAAGUGAUCUCUUUAUUGUUGGGACCGGCUGUACAAGCUUUGCCAUUACCGGAUGUUGACCGUACAAUAUUCCAACCUUUCCUCCCUCUGAUCAAAGAUUACCUCUCCAAGACUCUAUCAUCUAUCCAUGAAUUACUAAAAUCACAAGUCUCAAUCAAUCAUCUAGUCCCAGAAAUUACCAGGUUACUUGAGGUAUGUGUCCAUAUACUGACAGACAUAGAAAGUCUGCUUGUCUAUUUGGUCAGUUUGGAGCAAGUAUCAGUUCCAGAUACAUUUAACGUGCCUAAAAAUAUUGUAGAAAUUGUCUACCAUGUGUUUAUUCACUGUCAGAAGAGUCAGGAAGAUUACAAGGAAGCAUUCACGGCUGUUCGCAGCGAGUUAAUGUGUUUAUUUCACAAGUGUCACAAUGUGCAACUUAAUCUUUUUAUUUUACUCAAUGAAAAGCUUAAAUUUAAGUGCACUUUGGAAGAUGAAGUUCAACUUUUACUUGACGUUCUAGACAUACUGAGCUCUAUGGGAGAAGUGAUGGCAGACUUGGAUGCCAAGUCCCUGGUCGAGCACUGGAAAGGUUAUGUUCAGCUGACAUUGAACUAUGCUGUUUACUUGCGCUCGAGACUUUGUGUUGAUCGCCCAAUCAACUAUUUAGCCAUUAACAUCAACCAACAGCUCUCCAAUAUUAUUUUCACCAGUAGUGACAAGAAGGUUGCAUUGCGCUCACUGAAAAUAACCACUUUAGAAUUGAAGGUUUUGAUCAAGCUCUGUGAGAACUACAAAGGAUAUUUGGUAAAUUGUCACAGGGAGUUACUCAAUUGUCUCGUUUCACUUGCCAUGCAUGCCAGCCAAGAGGUUGCUCCGGGUGUAGCAGCUCAGGUAUUGGCCGGAGCAGCCCCUCUACUUACAACCCUCAUCCCUGACCCUCUCUUUCUCAAGAUUUACUUUGAAUAUGCUGAUAAACUACAUUUGUGUUCUCUGGAUACACAAGUUGGCUAUUGCAAGCUAAACAACAUUUUACUGAAGAAACUGAUUCACUUGUAUUCAAAAGAUGAAGAAAUCAAAGAGCUUUGGUUUAAGCCAUCUGUCCCAGUUGUUGAAAAUGUUUUCAAGAUUCUUCAUCAGUGUUCUAGGAAUGGAGGUCUGUUUGAGGUACAAGAAGAUGACAUCUACCAGGCACUUCUUGUACAUAUUGCGGCUUUUCUCGUAGCAUCUUGUACUGAGGAAAUGUUUCCUCAGUUGGAGAGACUUCUAGUCAGACAGUUGUUGCAGCCUUCCUUGUGGCCAGCAAUGUUCUCAUCUGAUCUUCUCUGUCUGAUCGCCAGAUUUGGGUGCAGCGAGCUGUGUCUCCAGUUAGCGAGCCUGCUAUGUGCGCUAUUGUCGGAGUGGCAGGCCUGGGAUUGGCAACGGCCUGAGUGGGUGUAUGUGAGCUGGUCUCUCAGCCGACUGUUGCGGCUCCUCUCCCCUCAUCACCUGCAGGCUUUCCCGUCAUGCCUUCCGUCUCUUCCCUCUCUUGUGACUGACAUCACUACAUUUCUCACUGCAUCUGUAUCAGUUAACACUGUCGUCAUGUUCCAGUCAUUGAUGGAGAGGUUUAUGGUAGUCAAGGACAUUGUGGACUUGUUGCCCAACUCCGAUUCUAUGCUGACAGAGGCAGUGUGUGAACUGUGGCGACACGUAUCAGUGCUACCUGAGGUUGAAAGUACUGAGAGUUCCCACUGGUUUCUAGGAUUGUAUUCAGCUCUUGUUACCAUCACAUGUGGUUUGGUAGACUCGCUCAGUAACUGUCACAUUAGCCAUAUAUUGGAUGUGCUAAUACAAGCAACCAGUGUGAAUUCAUCUAUUCUCCAAUGUGGCAGUUGCCUGUUUCUAAGAAGCCUUGCUACAAAAAAUCUUGUCAAUGACUCAAGUCAGACUCAAGUGUGUUGCAAGAUGUCAUCUCUGUUUGUACAUCUGAUGCAGAAAACCGAUCCACUGACCAAGCAAAUUGCCAUGGACACAUUUUCAUUCUUGGCUUACGUAACAAAGUAUGAACAAAUUGUUGCCGACACUGUUGCCAAUGACUGUCAACUGCAAGUAGAAAUAACUAACUAUUUAGAAGGAGUACCAACAACAGCUUCUGAAAAAUCUCUCUCUGAACAUUUAAAAUGUUUGCAACAAGAGUUUGUUCAUAAAUGUAAAAGAAGAAAUCGGGUAGAUGAAUUGCAAUUUGAAGAGACAGUUGAAAACCGUCCAUCUAAAAAACUGAAGUCUUCGUUUGAUGUAGAUUCCGUAUCUAUUGCCUUGCAAAGGAUGGAAAAGGAUUUGGAUUUGAUUGAAGAGUGCAGAAGUAGUAUUACGAUGACACCAUCUCAAGUCUCCAGCUUGAUAAAUAUAUAUACGCGAUUAGGCAAAAUAGUUAAAUAAAUGUAAGACUAAAAUUGUGUGAUAUAAUAAUCCUGUUUGUAAUAUAGUAACUUUAUCAGUAUAUGUGAGAAAACGAACAUACAAAGUCUGUUAUCAUUUUAUACAUUUAUAAAACUUAACAAUAAAACAUUAAAAUCAACAUUUUAA